AUGAAUUUGAACCAUCCCUCCGAGAAGGAGGAAGAAAAAGAUACGUUGAUGGAAGUUGACAAGCCUGCUAGUACUAGCAUUGGAGAAGAAAGUAAAGAAACGAAUAUGGGAAAACAUGCGCAAUCUUCCUUGGCCACAAAGGGGAAUGAUACAGAUUCUCGGAAAGGCCAACAAUUGCUUUCAUCUGACAUGAACGUAGAUUUUGACGUGGGACAACUAAAGAUUCUCGAAAAGCCUGCGGCUUUAGAAGAAAAGCGAGGAAUCAUAAAGUUUCGUGUGGUAGCAAAUGACGAUCAUCCUGAAAGCUUUAUCAUGUUAACAGGUUUGAAAAAUAUUUUUAUGAAACAGCUACCAAAAAUGCCAAAAGAAUACAUCACCAGACUUAUUUACGACAGAAAUCACUUAUCCAUGACCAUCGUGAAAGAUAACUUGCACGUUGUGGGUGGCAUCACCUACCGUCCUUUUGAGCAACGUGAAUUUGCCGAAAUUGUUUUCUGUGCCAUUGCUUCUACUGAGCAGGUACGGGGCUAUGGUUCACAUUUAAUGAACCAUCUGAAAGACUAUGUUCGUGGAACCUCCAAAGUCCAGCACUUCCUCACAUAUGCCGAUAACUAUGCCAUUGGUUAUUUUAAAAAACAAGGGUUUACACAAGAAAUCAAUUUGUCCAAAGAAAUCUGGAUGGGCUACAUAAAAGAUUACGAAGGUGGUACCUUGAUGCAGUGUACCAUGCUCCCAAAAAUUAAAUACCUGGAAGCGAGUGUAAUUUUGGCUAUUCAAAAAGCUUCUGUUAUCUCGAAAAUUAAUAGACUCACUCGUUCCAACCUUGUAUAUCCUGGACUAGAUGUUUUCAAAUACGGGCCUGCACAUAUCGAACCAAACCAAGUUCCAGGCUUGAUGGAAGUAGGAUGGUGUAAGGAAAUGGAAGAUCUGGCUCAACAGCCAAAGCCAAAGCCAUUCUUUGCUGUGUUGGAAAUGCUGUUCACCGAAAUGCAAAAUCAUCCUUCCUCUUGGCCGUUUGCUCAACCGGUAAACAGAGAGGACGUUCCCGAUUAUUACGAAGUCAUCGAGCAUCCGGUCGAUUUAUCUACCAUGGAAUACCGGCUUCGUAACAAUCAAUAUGAAUCCGUGGAAGAAUUCAUACGUGAUGCAAAAUUAAUAUUUAAUAAUUGUCGACAAUAUAAUGAUCCAAGCACAACAUAUUACAAAAACGCUGACCGUCUUGAGAAGUUUUUCCAAAAACAACUUUCGGAAACGGAGUACUCUCAUUUGGCCGAUUAA